AGUAUUCGUCGAAUUCAGUCGAAUUUAACUUGAACCAAUUUAGAUAUUUUUUGAUUCAGUUUGUUGUCAAUAUUACGAAUUUUAAUCGCAACACGUGAUUAUCAUAAUAUCCAAAAUGAACGUCUCUUUUACUAUAAAUGGAACGGAACAUAUCAUUUCUCCAUCAACGGUUCCCAUCGAAACGUCGCUCAAUAGUUUCAUUCGAAAUCAUGCAAAUCUUUCUGGAACGAAGUUCAUGUGCUUGGAAGGUGGAUGUGGAGCUUGUGUGGUGACUUUGAAGGGAGUCCAUCCAGUGACGAAAGAGAAGACAACAUGGGCUGUCAAUUCUUGUUUGCAAAACAUUUACUCGUGUCAUGGACUUGACAUCAUCACGGUCGAAGGAAUCGGAAGCAAGAAGAAUGGAAUGCAUCAGGUGCAGAAACGAUUGGCAAACUUUAAUGGAACUCAAUGUGGUUAUUGCAGUCCGGGAAUGGUCAUGAACAUGUACUCGUUGUUGGAAUCAAAGAACGGCAAAGUGACGAUGGAAGAAGUCGAGAAUUCGUUUGGUGGAAACAUCUGUCGAUGCACUGGUUAUCGACCAAUCUUGGAUGCAUUCAAGUCACUCGCUUCGGAUGCAGAUGAGACUUUGUUGAACUUAUGCAAAGACAUUGAAGAUUUGGAUGGAACGAAGACUUGUCCAAAGACUGGAACUCCUUGCAUUGGCAGUUGCAGUGCAAUUGGAAAAGUUGAUCCGAAACAUUCAUUGAAGUUGGCAUUCGAAGAUGAUCGCGAGUGGCACAAAGCGAACUCCAUCAAAGACAUUUUCGACGUGUUGGGGAAAAUCGGGGACAAGCCUUACAUGUUGGUCGCUGGAAACACCGCACAUGGCGUUUAUCGUCGAUCUGCCGACCUCAAAGUUUUCAUCGACAUUUCGAGUGUUGAGGAGUUGCGAGGAUUCAAAGUCAACGACAACACUUUGGAAAUAGGUGGAAAUGUGACGUUGACAGAAGCGAUGGAAAUAUUCACGAAAGUGGCCAACGAGAAAAAAGGUUUCGAAUACCUGAAGGAGUUCGUCACACACAUCGACUUGAUUGCCAACGUCCCAGUUCGUAACAAUGGAACAAUUGCUGGCAAUUUGAUGAUCAAAAACAAACAUCCAGAAUUUCCUUCCGACAUGUUCCUUAUGUUGGAAGCUGCAGGUGCUGUCUUGAACGUCAGCGAUUCCCCAGGGUGGUCAUUUCCAUUUUUCGGCAGCAGUGUCGAUUUAUCAACAAAAGAUUUCAUCAAAUAUGACAUGAACAAGAAGCUUCUCAAUAAAAUCACUCUUCAGUCGUAUGAUCCAUCAAAGUUCACUUUCCGAUCAUACAAAAUCAUGCCAAGAGCUCAAAACGCCCACGCAUAUGUCAAUGCAGCAUUCCUACUUGAAUUGAACAACAGCAACAACACAAUCGCUUCUGUUAAAGUUUGCUUCGGUGGAAUCGAACCGAGCUUCACUCAUGCAGCUAAGACUGAAGCUGCGUUAGUUGGCAAAGAUCCAUUCAGCAACCAAACGAUUCAAGCAGCUUUGAAUGUUCUCAAAGAUGAGUUGAAACCCGAUUGGGUGCUGCCUGAUGCAUCACCAGAAUAUCGCAAGAACUUGGCUUUGGCUUUGUUCUACAAAUUCAUUCUCAACAUCAUUCCGGAAAGUAAAACAAAUGCGAAAUACAAGAGCGGAGGGAAAAUACUUGAACGAGAAUUAUCGUCGGGCACUCAAGUGUUUGACACUUACAAGAAGAAUUGGCCACUCACGAAGAACAUUCCGAAGAUCGAAGCUGAUGUCCAAUGCACUGGAGAAGCCAAAUAUGUCAACGAUUUGCCUUCCUUACCAAACGAAGUUUAUGCCGCUUUCGUGCAAGCGAAGAAAGUUCACGGAAAAAUUUUGAGCAUCAACGCAAGUCGUGCUUUGCAAAUUCCCGGAGUUGUCGCUUUUUAUUCAGCUAAAGAUAUUCCUGGAUCCAACACUUUUAUGCCAGCUAAAAUUAUGCUCGUUUUUGCACCUGAAGAAAUCUUUUGCAGUUCUGAUGUGAAGUUCAAUGGACAACCAGUUGGAAUAAUUCUUGCUGAAACUCAUGAACUUGCAAAUCAUGCUGCAGAGCUUGUCGACAUAACUUAUGAUUCCAGUUCAAUUGAAGAUAAGAAAAUCAUCCUAACUUUGAAAGAAGCUUUGGAAGAUCCAAAACGAGUUCAACCAUUGCCGCACUACUCCAAAACUGCUGAAUCGAGUGGAGUUGGAGCGACUCACAAGAUUUCUGGUCGUUUCGAUAUCGGAUCGCAAUAUCAUUACACAAUGGAAACUCAAACUUGUGUUGUCGUCCCAAUCGAAGAUGGCUUGGAUGUUUAUUCAGCAACUCAGUGGAUGGAUGCAACUCAAAUGGCAAUCGCUGAUGCCUUGAAAGUUCCAAAUAACUUCGUGAAUAUGAAUGUUCGUCGUCUCGGUGGUGGAUAUGGUGGAAAAAUUUCAAGAAGUGUACAAGUUGCUUGUGCAGCUGCUAUUGCAGCUCAUCUCUUAAAUCGACCUGUGAGAUUUGUCAUGACAAUCGAAGCUAACAUGAACGUGGUUGGAAAGCGUUACGCUUGCAUCAAUGACUAUGAAGUCGAAGUUGAUGACAAUGGAAAGAUUUUGAAACUUAAAAACGAUUACUCUGAAGACUCUGGCUGUUCACCAAAUGAACCAGUUCACUAUGCAACAACAGAACAUUUCAACAAUUGUUAUGAUAAACAACAUUUCACUGUAACUGCAAAGAAUGUUACCACUGAUGCACCUUCUAGCACUUGGUGUCGUGCUCCGGGGUCUGUUGAAGGUGUCGCUAUGAUUGAGAACAUUAUGGAACACAUUGCAAGGAAAGUCAAGAAAGAUCCAGUUGAUGUUCGCAUGAAUAAUAUUCCAGGAAAUUAUGAAAUGAAAAAACUUCUCCCGGAGUUUGUUAAAUCUGUUGAUUAUGUGAAUCGAAAGGAAAAUAUUGAAGCAUUUAACAAUGAAAAUCGUUGGAUCAAACGAGGCAUCGCAAUUGUCCCAAUGAAAUAUGAUUUGCAAUAUUUUGGAAGCAGUCGUGCUUUGGUGUCAAUUUAUCAUGGUGAUGGAAGUGUUUCUGUGACUACUGGUGGAAUAGAAAUGGGACAAGGAUUGAACACAAAAGUGGCGCAAACUGUUGCACAUAUUCUUGAAGUUCCAUUGGAUAAAGUCAGCGUUAAACCGUCCAACAAUUUGACAUCUGCUAACGAUGUUGUGACUGGUGGAAGCAUUGGAAGUGAAGUUAAUUGUUUCGCAGCAAAAAAAGCUUCUGAAAUGUUAUUGGAACGUCUCAAGCCAAUAAAAGCAGAAAAUCCAAAAGCCGAAUGGGCGCAAUUGAUUGACAAAGCUUAUGAGAAAAAUGUUGACUUAGUUGCACAUUUUCUUUACAAAGCUCCUGACCUGAAACCAUAUGAGAUAUGGGGAAUCUCAUGUUGUGAAGUUGAAGUCGAUUUAUUGACUGGAAAUAUUAAAAUCAAACGUGCCGACAUCAUGGAAGACGUUGGUGAAAGUUUAAGUCCUGGAAUUGAUGUCGGACAAGUUGAAGGUUCAUUCAUCAUGGGCCUCGGCUAUUGGUUGAACGAAAGCUUGAUUUACAAUCAAGAAAAUGGAGAAUUGUUGACAAAUCGAACUUGGACUUAUAAACCUCCAGGAGCUAAAGACAUUCCCAUCGACUUUCGAAUAACAUUCUUACAGAAAAGUUCGAAUCCAUUUGGAGUUUUGAGAUCGAAAGCUACUGGAGAACCAGCAGUUGCAAUGUCGAUUGUCGCAUUGAAUGCUGUACGUCAUGCACUUGAUUCAGCACGAACUGACGCUGGCCUUAAAGUCGACGAAGAUUUCUAUCAUUUGGGAGCGCCUACAACAGCAGAAACAAUUUUUAUCGCAGCAAAUCAUCAACCUCAACAAUUCACAAAGUUAGAUAAAAUGAAAGUUACAAUCACUAUAAACGGAAAACCUUUUGAAGUUUCUCCAUCAACGGUUCCCAUCGAAACGUCGCUCAAUAGUUUCAUUCGAAAUCAUGCAAAUCUUUCUGGAACGAAGUUUAUGUGCUUGGAAGGUGGAUGUGGAGCUUGUGUGGUGACUUUGAAGGGAGUCCAUCCAGUGACGAAAGAGAAGACAACAUGGGCUGUCAAUUCUUGUUUGCAAAACAUUUACUCGUGUCAUGGACUUGACAUCAUCACGGUCGAAGGAAUCGGGAGCAAGAAGAAUGGAAUGCAUCAGGUGCAGAAACGAUUGGCAAACUUCAAUGGAACUCAAUGUGGUUAUUGCAGUCCGGGAAUGGUCAUGAACAUGUACUCGUUGUUGGAAUCAAAGAACGGCAAAGUGACGAUGGAAGAAGUCGAGAAUUCGUUUGGUGGAAACAUCUGUCGAUGCACUGGUUAUCGACCAAUCUUGGAUGCAUUCAAGUCACUCGCUUCGGAUGCAGAUGAGACUUUGUUGAACUUAUGCAAAGACAUUGAAGAUUUGGAUGGAACGAAGACUUGUCCAAAGACUGGAACUCCUUGCAUUGGCAGUUGCAGUGCAAUUGGAAAAGUUGAUCCGAAACAUUCAUUGAAGUUGGCAUUCGAAGAUGACCGCGAGUGGCACAAAGCGAACUCCAUCAAAGACAUUUUCGACGUGUUGGGGAAAAUCGGGGACAAGCCUUACAUGUUGGUCGCUGGAAACACCGCACAUGGCGUUUAUCGUCGUUCUCCCGACCUCAAAGUCUUCAUUGACAUUUCGAGUGUUGAAGAGUUGCGAGGAUUCAAAGUCAACGACAACACUUUGGAAAUUGGUGGAAAUGUGACGUUGACAGAAGCGAUGGAAAUAUUCACGAAAGUGGCCAACGAGAAAAAAGGUUUCGAAUACCUGAAGGAGUUCGUCACACACAUCGACUUGAUUGCCAACGUCCCAGUUCGUAACAAUGGAACAAUUGCUGGCAAUUUGAUGAUCAAAAACAAACAUCCAGAAUUUCCUUCCGACAUGUUCAUCAUCUUCGAAGGUGUUGGAGCGAAGAUCACAGUUGCAAGUAACAUCGGAGAAAUGAAAGUUGGAUGCAAGGAAUUCGCAAAGUUGAUGAUUUCAAAGAAAGUCAUUUCGACAAUAACUUUGCCAAAAUUAGACUCAACAAAGUUCACUUUCCGAUCAUACAAAAUCAUGCCGAGAGCUCAAAACGCCCACGCAUAUGUCAAUGCAGCAUUCCUACUUGAAUUGAACAACAGCAACAACACAAUCGCGUCUGUUAAAGUUUGCUUCGGUGGAAUCGAACCGAGCUUCACUCAUGCAGCUAAGACUGAAGCUGCGUUAGUUGGCAAAGAUCCAUUCAGCAACCAAACGAUUCAAGCAGCUUUGAAUGUUCUCAAAGAUGAGUUGAAACCCGAUUGGGUGCUGCCUGAUGCUUCACCAGAAUAUCGCAAGAACUUGGCUUUGGCUUUGUUCUACAAAUUCAUUCUCAACAUCAUUCCGGAAAGUAAAACAAAUGCGAAAUACAAGAGCGGAGGGAAAAUACUUGAACGAGAAUUAUCGUCGGGCACUCAAGUGUUUGACACUUACAAGAAGAACUGGCCACUCACGAAGAACAUUCCGAAGAUCGAAGCUGAUGUUCAAUGCACUGGAGAAGCCAAAUAUGUCAACGACUUGCCUUCCUUACCAAACGAAGUUUAUGCCGCUUUCGUGCAAGCGAAGAAAGUUCACGGAAAAAUUUUGAGUAUCAACGCAAGUCGUGCUUUGCAAAUUCCCGGAGUUGUCGCUUUUUAUUCAGCUAAAGAUAUUCCUGGAUCCAACACUUUUAUGCCUCCUAAGAUGAUGUUUGUCUUUGCACCUGAAGAAAUCUUUUGCGCUUCCGAUGUGAAGUUUAAUGGACAACCAGUUGGAAUAAUUCUUGCUGAAACUCUUCAACUUGCAAAUCGCGCCGCUGAAUUUGUUGACAUUAUUUAUGAUGCGGAUGUUGGUAAAAAAAUUGUGACGUCAUUGAAGGACAUUUAUCAGAAAGCUCCGGAAUUGGUUCAGAACUUCGCUCAAUUUUCGAAGGUGUCUACAGAAGCUGGCACGGAUACCACUCACAAGAUUUCUGGUCACUUUGAGAUGGGAAGCCAAUUCCAUUUCUCAAUGGAACCUCAAACUUGUGUCGUUGUUCCAACUGAAGAUGGCUUGGAUGUUUUUCCAGCUGCCCAAUGGGUUGACGCAACGCAAAUGGCAAUCGCUGAUGCAUUAAGUGUUCCAAAUAAUUAUGUUAACAUCAACGUCAGACGACUUGGUGGAGGAUUUGGUGGCAAAGUUUCAAGAAAUAUUCAAGUUGCUUGUGCAGCUGCUCUUGGCGCUUAUCUGUCAAACAGACCCGUGAGAUUUGUCAUGACAAUUGAAGCUAACAUGGACGUCAUUGGCAAACGUUAUCCAUGCAUGAACGAUUAUGAUGUUGAAAUUGAUAACAAUGGAAAGAUUCAAAAACUUUCAACAAAAUUCAUCGAGGAUGGCGGCUGUUCACCGAAUGAUCCAAUUUACUUCCACACAAUUCAAUUCAUGAGUAAUUGUUACGAUGGCAAAUACUUCUCAAUUGAUGCCAAUGCUGUCAACAGCAACACACCUGCGAACACCUGGUGUCGAGCUCCAGGAACAACUGAAGGUAUUGCCAUGAUUGAGAACAUUAUGGAACAUAUUGCAAGAAAAACAAAGAAAGAUCCAGUUGAAGUUCGCAUGAAUAAUUGUGAAGGUGAAAUGGUAAAACUUCUUCCAGAAUUUGUGCAGUCUGUUGAUUAUUAUGAACGUAAAAAGAAUAUUGAAACUUUCAACUCUUUGAAUCGUUGGAUCAAACGAGGAAUCGCAGUCGUUCCAUUGAAAUAUCAUUUGGGAUAUUUCGGUCAUUUCCAUUCAUUGGUUUCAAUUUAUCAUGGAGACGGAAGUGUUUCUGUGACUGUUGGUGGAAUAGAAAUGGGACAAGGAUUGAACACAAAAGUGGCACAAACUGUUGCACAUAUUCUUGGAGUGCCAUUGGAUAAAGUCAGCGUUAAGCCAACAUCAAAUCUUAUUUCCCCAAAUGCAAUCUGCACUGGUGGUAGUUCUGGAAGUGAAAUUUCAUGCUACGCCACAAAGAAAGCAUGUGAAAUGCUUUUGGAACGUCUUAACCCUGUUAAAACUGAGAAUCCAAAUCGUUCAUGGUCUGAACUGAUUGACAAAGCUUACGAGAAGAAUGUUAACUUAUCAGCUACUUACAUGUAUGAGGCAUCAGAAUUGAAGGAUUAUUAUAUUUAUGGUGCUUCAUGCUGUGAAGUUGAAGUCGAUUUAUUGACUGGAAAUCUUUUGAUCAAACGUGUCGACAUCAUGGAAGACGUUGGUGAAAGUUUAAGUCCUGGAAUUGAUGUUGGACAAAUUGAAGGCGCUUUCGUCUUUGGCCUCGGCUAUUGGUUAACAGAAGGAAUCAUUUACAACCAGGAAAAUGGAGAGUUGUUGACAAAUCGGACUUGGAAUUAUAAACCUCCAGGAGCUAAAGACAUUCCUAUCGAUUUCCGUGUAACAUUCUUAAGAAAAAGCUCAAAUCCAUUUGGAGUUUUGAGAUCGAAAGCUACUGGAGAGCCAGCAACAAACAUGUCAAUUGUAGCAGUUUUUGCUUUGCGUCAUGCGCUUGAUUCAGCUCGGAAUGAAACGGGAUUAAAAUCUGAUGAGGAUUUCUAUCAUUUGGUUUCUCCAUCAACGGUUCCCAUCGAAACGUCGCUCAAUAGUUUCAUUCGAAAUCAUGCAAAUCUUUCUGGAACGAAGUUCAUGUGCUUGGAAGGUGGAUGUGGAGCUUGUGUGGUGACUUUGAAGGAAGUCCAUCCAGUGACGAAAGAGAAGACAACAUGGGCUGUCAAUUCUUGUUUGCAAAACAUUUACUCGUGUCAUGGACUUGACAUCAUCACGGUCGAAGGAAUCGGGAGCAAGAAGAAUGGAAUGCAUCAGGUGCAGAAACGAUUGGCAAACUUUAAUGGAACUCAAUGUGGUUAUUGCAGUCCGGGAAUGGUCAUGAACAUGUACUCGUUGUUGGAAUCAAAGAACGGCAAAGUGACGAUGGAAGAAGUCGAGAAUUCGUUUGGUGGAAACAUUUGUCGAUGCACUGGUUAUCGACCAAUCUUGGAUGCAUUCAAGUCACUCGCUUCGGAUGCAGAUGAGACUUUGUUGAACUUAUGCAACGACAUUGAAGAUUUGGAUGGAACGAAGACUUGUCCAAAGACUGGAACUCCUUGCAUUGGCAGUUGCAGUGCAAUUGGAAAAGUUGAUCCGAAACAUUCAUUGAAGUUGGCAUUCGAAGAUGACCGCGAGUGGCACAAAGCGAACUCCAUCAAAGACAUUUUCGACGUGUUGGGGAAAAUCGGGGACAAGCCUUACAUGUUGGUCGCUGGAAACACCGCACAUGGCGUUUAUCGUCGUUCUCCCGACCUCAAAGUCUUCAUUGACAUUUCGAGUGUUGAAGAGUUGCGAGGAUUCAAAGUCAACGACAACACUUUGGAAAUAGGUGGAAAUGUGACAUUGACAGAAGCGAUGGAAAUAUUCACGAAAGUGGCCAACGAGAAAAAAGGUUUCGAAUACCUGAAGGAGUUCGUCACACACAUCGACUUGAUUGCCAACGUCCCAGUUCGUAACAAUGGAACAAUUGCUGGCAAUUUGAUGAUCAAAAACAAACAUCCAGAAUUUCCUUCCGACAUGUUCAUCAUCUUCGAAGGUGUUGGAGCGAAGAUCACAGUUGCAAGUAACAUCGGAGAAAUGAAAGUUGGAUGCAAGGAAUUCGCAAAGUUGAUGAUUUCAAAGAAAGUCAUUUCGACAAUAACUUUGCCAAAAUUAGACUCAACAAAGUUCACUUUCCGAUCAUACAAAAUCAUGCCGAGAGCUCAAAACGCCCACGCAUAUGUCAAUGCAGCAUUCCUACUUGAAUUGAACAACAGCAACAACACAAUCGCGUCUGUUAAAGUUUGCUUCGGUGGAAUCGAACCGAGCUUCACUCAUGCAGCUAAGACUGAAGCUGCGUUAGUUGGCAAAGAUCCAUUCAGCAACCAAACGAUUCAAGCAGCUUUGAAUGUUCUCAAAGAUGAGUUGAAACCCGAUUGGGUGCUGCCUGAUGCUUCACCAGAAUAUCGCAAGAACUUGGCUUUGGCUUUGUUCUACAAAUUCAUUCUCAACAUCAUUCCGGAAAGUAAAACAAAUGCGAAAUACAAGAGUGGAGGGAAAAUACUUGAACGAGAAUUAUCGUCGGGCACUCAAGUGUUUGACACUUACAAGAAGAAUUGGCCACUCACGAAGAACAUUCCGAAGAUCGAAGCUGAUGUUCAAUGCACUGGAGAAGCCAAAUAUGUCAACGACUUGCCUUCCUUACCAAACGAAGUUUAUGCCGCUUUCGUGCAAGCGAAGAAAGUUCACGGAAAAAUUUUGAGCAUCAACGCAAGUCGUGCUUUGCAAAUUCCCGGAGUUGUCGCUUUCUAUUCAGCUAAAGAUAUUCCAGGCAACAACACAUUCAUGCCAUCAAAUUAUAUGUUUGUGGAAGAACACGAAGAAAUCUUUUGCAGUUCUGAUAUCAAAUUCUAUGGACAGCCGGUUGGAAUAAUUUUAGCAGAAACCUUUGAGCUUUCAAAUCAAGCAGCCGAGCUUGUUGAUGUCUUCAUUCUCGAAUUAAACAAGGAUGAUGUUAACAAAGUUGCAACUUCACUUGAUAAUUUACAAACAUUUCCACCUUCAAAACUGCAAAUCGCUUCAGAAUUCUGUAAAAAAGCAUCAAAAAUCGGGGAGAAAUGCAAACAUAAACUCAAAGGAAAGUUCAAAUUAGAAUCACAAUUUCAUUACUCAAUGGAACCACAAACUUGUGUUGUUGUGCCAGUUGAAGAUGGCUUGGAUGUUUAUUCGUCAACCCAGUGGAUUGACAUGACACAAAUCGCAAUUGCUGAAGCUUUGAAAAUUCCAGAAAGUUCUAUCAACAUGCAAGUUCGUCGUCUAGGUGGUGGAUUUGGUGGAAAGAUUUCAAGAGCUGCAUUAAUCGCUUGUGCAGCUGCUAUUGCAGCGCAUCAUUUGAAUCGACCUGUCAGACUUGUUUUGUCAAUUGAAGCUAACAUGAACGUGAUUGGAAAGCGUUACGCUUGCAUCAAUGACUAUGAAGUUGAGGUUGAUGACAAUGGAAAGAUUCAAAAGCUUCUGAAUGAUUACACGGAAAAUUAUGGUUGUAGCUUCAAUGAACCAGCAUACUUGACCACAAAGUUCUUAACCAACUGUUACGAAUCGGAAAUGUUUGAAGUAAUCGCACGAAGAGCUAAAUCAGAUAUUGCCAGCAACACAUGGUGUCGUGGACCUGGAACUGUGGAAGGCAUUGCAAUGGUUGAGAACAUUAUGGAACAUAUUGCAAGAAAAACAAAACUUGAUCCACUUGAAGUGCGGUUAAUUAACAUUCCCAAUGAUUGUGAGAUGAAAAAGCAUUUGAAAGAGUUCGCAGAAAGCGUUGAUUAUGCAUCAAGAAAAGAAGAAUUCAAUCAAUUCAAUCAAGAAAAUCGUUGGAUCAAACGAGGCAUCGCAAUCGUUCCAAUGAAAUUUCAUAUUGAAUAUUUCGGAUCUUUACAUGCGAUCGUUUCAAUUUAUCAUCGAGAUGGAAGUGUUGCUGUGACUGUUGGUGGAAUCGAAAUGGGACAAGGAUUGAACACAAAAGUGGCACAAACUGUUGCACAUAUUCUUGGAGUUCCAUUGGAUCAAGUCAGCGUUAAGCCGUCUAAUAAUUUGACAUCUGCUAAUGACGUUGUGACUGGUGGAAGCAUAGGAAGUGAAAUUUCAUGCCACGCUGUUAAGAAAGCAUGCGAAAUAAUUUUAGAUCGUCUUCAUCCCAUCAAAAUCAACAAUCCUAAUCUUGAAUGGACAGAAUUGAUUGAGAAAUCCUUUGACAGUUUUAUUGACCUAACAGCUGUUUACAUGUACAAACCAAAAGAUUUAGAAGAAUAUUUUAUUUAUGGUGCUUCAUGUUGUGAAGUUGAAGUCGAUUUAUUGACUGGUAGCACUCAAGUUAAACGUGUCGACAUCAUGGAAGACGUUGGUGAAAGUUUAAGUCCUGGAAUUGAUGUUGGUCAAAUUGAAGGCGCUUUCAUUAUGGGACUCGGUUAUUGGCUUACGGAAAAGUUAAUUUACGAUUCAAAUACUGGAGAGUUGUUGACAAAUCGGACUUGGAAUUAUAAACCUCCAGGAGCUAAAGACAUUCCCAUCGAUUUCCGUGUAACAUUCUUAAGAAAAAGUUCAAAUCCAUUUGGAGUUUUGCGAUCGAAAGCAACUGGAGAGCCAGCACUUUGUAUGUCUAUCGUUGUUAUUUUUGCGCUCCGCCACGCACUCGAAUCAGCAAGAUCUGACGCUGAAUUCAUGAAUGCAGACAACGAAUAUUUCAACCUUGACCUGCCAGCAUCUCCUGAAAUUUUAAAACUAAGUCGCUUAGAAGAAAAAAUGAGCAAGACAUUUAAAGUGGUGGUGCUGUUAGUUAUAUUUCUGGGUUUCAAUUCCUACGAUGUGCUAUGUCAUGAACUUUUAAGAGAUUUUUUGAAUUUUCAAGUGGAAAAUCCACACAUUGCGUUAUCAAAAGAUUGUGGUGACCAUCUAGAGAUGUUAAGAAACGGAAUAAAAGAAAAUGAAGUAUGGGCUUUGAAAGUUCAAGAUGCAAGUGGAAAGCCAACUUCUGGCUUCACGUGGGGAAAUAAUUUUUGGCUUGGUGCUGAACGAAAUUGUUAUUUGUUGAAUCAACCACCAAAAAUAAGUUUAAUUAAAAGUAAAAAUAGAAAAAUGGAUGACAAUAUGACUGAGAUAGGAUCAGAGAUUCCUGUUGAGUAUCGAAUGUUCUAUGCAAGUCAUACAUCAAAAAUACAAUUCGAUGCAGAUUUAUUCAAUAAAAGUGUGCUUCAUAUCGGCUUGUGUUUCCCUGAAGCUUGUGAUGAGACCGAAGUGCAUGUGAUGGCUAAGAAAAUAUUUCAUGAAAAGUUUCAAGACUUUCAUUUGUAUGGCGAGGUGAAUUAUCUUGGAACUAAAACUUUAACGAUAAGAAAAGAAUUUCUGAAUGAAACUUUUGUCUUGCUCCUCUUAGUGAUCAUCGUGACCUUCGUCGUUUUGGCAAUCAUUGGGACAACAUAUGUCAACAAUCUUAAAAGUCAUCGUAAAGAUAUGAAAGAGAUUUCCGCACUUCCAACAUUCAAUAAUGAUCAGAAAAAUCUCAAAAAUAAGUUGAAAGCGUCUUUAGCUGAGAAAUUCUGGAGAUGUUUUUCACUUAAAGACAAUUGUGGUUUCAUUAUGUCGACGAAAAUUAAUAGAAAAUCAAUUGCACCAAUUCAUGGAGUGAGAGCAAUUGGAGCUCUUUGGAUAAUGGCAGGCCAUGUUUAUUAUUACGCUUUUGGACCAACAGACAACAUUCAGUUGAUAUUUUCGUAUGCGAAUGCUUUAGUUCUUCAGCCACUUUUUGCUGCUGCGAUUUCUGUUGAUUCGUUUUACGUCAUGAGUGGAUUUUUAUUGUCUUAUGCUUUCUACGAGAAACAAAAGAAAAGACCUUCAAAACAGCUUACAAUUGAUGUUAUUAGGGGCAUCGUUUAUCGAUAUAUAAGGAUAACUCCUUGCUUCAUGAUUAUCAUGCUUUUGGCUGUCACUAUUUCGAUAUUUCUCAACGAUACAUCACAAUAUUUGAUGAUCGAAAACAUCGAAGAAAAUUGUAAAAAUUAUUGGUGGAGGAAUGUUUUAUGCAUUCAAAACUUUUAUCCAUUGUCAGAAAUGUGCAUGAGUUGGAGUUGAAAUAUGCGGUUGAGUGUCACCAUUGGAAUAACAAUGGUGCUAUUAUCUUCAGCUUAUUCAGGGUUCAUAGGUUUAACAGAGUCAUUCAGCUUCUCCCUUGACAGCCAAUUCCGCUCAAUCAACACAUUGUAUACAAAACCCUACACGCGUAUUGGUGGAUACUUUGCCGGCGUUUGGACCGGUUAUUAUUUAAGCAAAAUCAGCAGGCAGUGUAAUAUGAGAAAGACUUUCAUCAACCUUGGACGAAUUAUUUCACUUUUUUUGGUCAUAUUUUUAAUCUUUAUUCAACGCUAUAGAGUUCCGGAAAAUGUUUUUGUGUCGUUUUUCUUUCCUGCUUUUGGAAGAACUUUAUGGGCUUUUCCAGUUUGUUUUGUUAUCAUUAUGGGCUCGACACAAUAUAAAGAUGGUGAGAAAAUUUAUUUCAUGACUUCAAAACUGUUUAAUGAAAACCUUACAUCACCUAUAGUGUCAUGCAAUAAUGAAGAAAAGUGUAAAGAAAUGAUGCGAGACCGCAUGCUCUUAGUUCAAAAGUUUGACGAAUAUUUACGUGAUAGUAGUUCACAUUUCAACAACAUUUAUCCUGUGGAACGUUUGAAGCAUUCUUCAGUAAUAUAUGGACUGAUAGUUGCUGCCGAAGAAAAUCAACUAAAUCAACAAUGUUAUAAUGAAAUUAUGGAAAUUUAUUACGGAAUAAACCGAAAAGAAAUUUGGGCUAUGAAGAUAUUAGACGCAUCUGGAAUUAUGAGUUCGGGAUUUUUACUUGGCAAUAAUCAUUGGCUUGGAUCUCAGAAAGGAUGUGAGUCAGUGAAAGACCCACUUUACGUAACAUUGUCAGAUCGUUUCGAUAGAUUUAUGAAACCAGAUUUGAUUCACGAGAUUGCGCCAUUUGAAAUGGGCUAUAGAAUUGUUUACGCCAAACAUUACUCACCAUGGCAAAUUGAAAUUAAAUUCAUGACAGAAAAUCUCUUGCACAUCGGUUUGUGUUUGCCGAAAUCAUGUUCGAAUUCAGAGGUGCAUAAUAUGACACAAGAAUUCCUAAAUACCAGAGUCUUAGAUGCGCAAAAUCUCUUUGAAAUUGACACUGACGUUUUAUUAGUCAAAGACUUUAAACUUCAAGAAAACUUUUUCAUGAAGAAAAGCGUCAUUAUGACGAGCAUAAUCUUUUUAAUUGUAUUGUUGAUUGUAUUCUGUGCUUGGAAUCGAGAUGAAAGAAUAAACGAUGCAUUGGAUCCUGUUGAGGCUGCCCAAUGUUUCACAUUCUGGGAUACAAUUUUGAAAAGUUUUUCAGUACAAAAUAAUUGGAAGACUUUGAUGGACACAUCGUCAUCGAAAGACUCAAUAAAUUACAUCAAUUCACUCAUCCACAGAUCAAUUUCAUGCUUCAUGAUUCUGGCAUUCCAUUUGUUUUGGUUCAGCUUUUUUGCGACCAGUAACCCUGGUGUAAUGUUUCACUUCUCUGAGCAGGUGCGUUUCCAAUGGAUCGCUAACGCUGCACUUCUAGUUGAUGCUUUCUUCGCAAUCAGCGGUUUCCUAGUGACAUACAAUUUUUUAAAAAACAAAAAGCGAAUGAUUGAGAUAAAGCAAAAUAGCUUUACGACAAAUGUAAAGCUGUUUGGGAAACUGUUGGUGCAUAGAUAUAUAAGACUUUCACCUUUAUAUUUAAUGGUCGGGUUGCUCACAGAGAUAUCCACUUCAUACAUUGUUGAUGUGUCCAAGUUUUGGGUUCAUGACAGAACUGAUUUAAACUGCCAAAGAUAUUGGUGGCGAAAUUUAUUCUACAUUAAUAAUCUCUUCCCUCAUAACGAUCUGUGUAUGAAUUGGACAUGGUCGAUGGCUUGCGAAAUGCAAUUCUUCAUAAUUUUUACGAUUAUUUUAUUUAUUUAUGCCAAAAAAAAGUCUUUAGGAAUAAGAGCUUUUUGGUUGAUGACCCUUGGAACUUUCGCAGUGACGUGCGCACUUGUUUUCAAGCAUAGAUUCGUCCCAACGUUUGACGUAUUAAUGGGCACGGGAACUGAAUUGUACAUCGCACCUUGGACGAGAAUAUCGCCAUACUGUGUCGGUGUUGCGUGCGGUUGUUUUUUGAAUGCCAGACGAAAGAGAUUUAAUGUGUCUGAUAGAUUCAAAAGCGUCAUGUUCGUGUUUUCAAGCUUUUUACUUAUGUUAGCUUUGCAUAGCACCGUUUAUCGUGACAUGAGUGUGAAUGUAGCUUCGAUAUGCAUCCUAUUUGGAAGACCGCUCAUUGGAGUUGCAGUUUGUUGGUUCAUCAUCACCAACGCUUGUGGACAAAAUUCAGACUUGAGAUUGAAUAGUGACACAUGUGAAAAUAUCGAUAACAAUAGGACAAAAAGUGCCGAUAAUUACCAUAUUGUUUUGACAACAAAUUCAAUUAUGUACGACUUGGUAAGCCUUGCAGAUGACAUUGACAAUUUAUCAUCGCGAUGCAAAGCUGAUUUGAAACUAAUCGAAGAAGGAAUACACAGGAAAUCAAUGUGGGCCUUCAAGCUUGUUGAUUCAUCAGCGAUUCCAGCAUCUGGUUUCCUUUCUGGUAAUAAUUUGUGGCAUGGAUCAAGAGGCCAAUGUGAAUAUGUCAGUAAAAAAAUUGUGUUCAAUCUUUCUAAUCGUUUGAAAAGAAACAUGAAGGAAGAUUUGAUGAAUGACAUUGCACCUUUUGAAGUAAAAUAUCGCAUUGUUCACGCAAAACAUAAUUCACCUAUACAAGUUCAAAUAAAUGUCAUGACCGAGAACACUCUUCAAAUAGGUUUGUGUCUUCCCAAAGAAUGUUCAAAUCAGGAAAUUUAUUUCUUGACACAAAAACUGUUGAACAAGAAAGACGCACAAUCAUUGAAAGAUUAUAAAAUGACAGCAGAAGUUUUGGAAGUCAAAGACCUCAUGUUAAGCACACUUUUUUUCGCUAAGAAAAGUUUAUGGAUUCUCCUUAUAUGCAUAUUUUGUGUUGUAUUGUCGAGUAAAUCUGCAAACACUUUGCAAAAACAUAUGAAAACCGAUACAAACAAUAAUAUGUUGUCGGAAGACAUCGAAAGAGAUUUGAAGCCUUCACGAUUCGAUGAAUUCGUGAAACUUUUUCACUACAAGGAAAACAAAAUGAAAAUUUUUCAACGCGAAGUCGAUCCGCUAGCAAUAAAAUCAAUCUCAGGAUUGAGGUCAAUGUCAUGUUAUGUACUCGCAAUUUCUCAUGUUUGUACAUUCAUGCACUUUACAUUGACGAAUAAAGUUGCUUAUUUAUCUGCUACAGAAAACAUUCUGGGAAUGUUAAUUAUCAACUCAGCACUUCUAGUCGACGGCUUCUUUGUCAUAUCAAGUUUUUUAACUGCAACAAAUUUCCUACGUGAUGUUGCAAGUGUGGAAGAAAUUAAAUCAAAUAAUCUGUUGACAAACUUCAAAAUUUACAUGCGACUAUUCCUACAACGAUAUUUAAGACUGACACCACUAUUGAUAUUAGCAAUGCUCACAUCUGAAGUUGUGUCGUCACUUUUAAAUGAUUUGUCGCCGCACACGUUAUUUCUACGAAAUGAUUUGACAUGUACAAAGUAUUUUUUUGCAAUAGUUACAUUAAUUUUGAUGAUUUAUGUUAGAAAUCCUCAAACUGGAGAACGAUUGCUUGACUCACUUUUCCUUGGAUUUACCCUUUUGAGUGUCUUCAUGCACAUUUCAAACGAUUUUACACUUCAACUUGACGUGAUGAUUAGUUUACUAUCAAAAGUUUAUAUUCAACCAUUUGCGAGAAUUUGUCCUUAUUUUAUGGGAACGAAAAUCGCAAUAAUGCUUCAUCGAAAUGGUGGGAAGUUAAUCUUAUCAAAGAAAGAAACAUCGUGGAUGUGGUUCCUCUGUGGAUUAUUUUGUAGCUCGCUGUUCCUUGAACUUUUUUAUUUCAAAAAUUCUUCGACAUUUGUUGCGUCGGCAUUAAAAAUUUUAGCGCAUCUGAAAAUGGCUUUUAUCUUUGGUUGGAUCAUAAUUGCAGAUAGUUCUGGUUAUAAAAAUUCUUUCAUAAGAUUCCUGUCGAAAGAUUUCUUCAUUCGUUUUGGAAGAAUCACUUACGCAUUUUAUUUAUUAACUCCAAUUGUGACGAUCUUGAUUUAUGGCUUGUCAGAAAAUGGAAGCAGCUACAACGUUCCAGAAAUUAUCGUUAUGUCUUACGUGAUAAUGAAAAUCACCGGACGAAUUUCAUUUCUCAGCACAGUUUAUUUCGAAGUUCCAUUCAAUAAAUUGUCGAAAAAAAUCUUACGAAAGCAGCAGAAAUCAAAACACUGGAAUGAGGCUCAAGGUGAUCAAAACAAUAUGUAAAGAUAUCAACAUUAAUGUUUUGAAAUGAAUUUUAUAAUAAAAUAUCAUCGAAGAUAUUAGAAGUUGGGAAAUUGUGCCAACAACACUUCUUAACAAUUCAUUAAAAUUUUCUUUUGAAAUUUGCAUAAUCGACG